AUGACAUCAUCAACCGAUAUAUUAAUUGUUGGUGCUGGUCCAACUGGUCUUAUGUUCGCAUGUCAACUUUCACUUCAUCCAAAUAUAUCUUUUCGUAUUUUUGAUAAAAAUCCUACUCGUGCAACUGAAUCGCGUGCACUUGUUGUUCAUGCUCGUUCAAUGGAAGUACUUUCACAACUUAAUCUUAUUGACAAAGCAAUGUCUAAGGGAAAAUUAGUUGAUAGUAUGAAUGGAUUUUUUUCCGGUAAACGUGCUUUUAAAAUGGAUUUUACUAAGAUGCGUGAUAAACAACAACCUUUACUUACACGUUAUCCAUAUGCAUUAUUUCUUGAACAAUCAAAUACUGAAGAAUUAUUAGAAACAUAUUUAAAUGAACAUGAUAUUAAAGUUGAACGAGGCAUAGACGUAAUGGAUGUUACAGAUAUUGAUUCAACAAAUAAUACUGGUGUUGAGGUGACUUUAUCUAAUGGUGAUCGUGUUCGAACAAAAUAUGUUUGUGCAUGUGAUGGUGCACAUAGUACUAUUCGACAUAAAUUAAAUUUAUCAUUUGCUGGUCAAACUUAUUCAUCAUCAUUAUUUAUUGCUGAUUGUACAAUUAGUAAUUCACCAAUGGGACAACAUGAAGCUGGAUUUUUUUUCCAUAAAGAUGGCUUCGCUGGUAUAUUUCCUAUGGUUGGUGAUCAAUGUCGUAUUGUGGCAACAAUUAAUGAAGAAAAACAAAAAAAUGCUGAAACAAGUUUUGAACAUGUUUCAAAUAUGGUUAAAACUCGUAGUCGAUUUCACAGCUUAAAUAUAAGCAAUUGUAUAUGGUCAUCUGUAUAUCAUUCUCAUCAUCGUCGUAUUACAACAUUUCGAUCUCGAAAUCGAUAUUUUUUACUUGGUGAUGCUGCUCAUAUUCAUUCACCAGUUGGUGGUCAAGGCAUGAAUACAGGUUUACAAGAUGCACAUAAUCUUGCUUGGAAAUUAGCUUAUGUCUUAACACAUUCAGCAAAUGAUCGUCUUCUUGAUACAUAUCACGAUGAACGUUCCGUUGUAGCCAAGACAUUAGUCAAUACAACCGAUCGAUUAUUCUCAAUAAUGACUAGUAAUAAUUGGUUUGUGAAAUUUUGUCGUCUUAAUAUUGUGCCAUAUAUCUUACGAUUUUUUAUUCAACCAUUAUUAAAUUAUUCUCAAACUCUUCGACAAGCAGCAUUUCGUCGAAUUUCACAAACAGGUAUUACAUAUCGAUCAGACAAAAUUUAUGAUUAUGGUGCAUCAGCAGGAAAUUUCCAUAAAAAUACUCCAUUGCCCGGUGAUCGUUUUCCAUAUGUUAUUUUUGAUUCAUGUCAUUAUCAUUUAGUUAUUUUCGAAAGUCAACAAUUAACAAAAGUAUCUCAAUUUAUUCAAUUUAUUAAAACAAAUUAUCCCGAAAUUAUUCAAAUUCAUGAUGUUCAUAAAGAAAACAUUCCAUUACGAUUUCAAGGUGCUAUUCUUAUUCGACCUGAUGGAUAUAUUGCUUAUCGAACAAUUGUAUUUGAUACAAAUCAUUUUCGAGCAUAUUUUGCUCAAUAUUUUCCUCAAGCAAUAGUGAUAUAA